GUCCGCUCCCCCGGAUUCUCCCAAUAUUCUUCACUCCAGCAGGAACCCACGGUCCAAUGAAGACCGAGAGCGCUCACGCAGCUCGGCCUGCACUACCACCCCUGCUACACGCAAAUCGCCGCGCGCCUUUUUUUGCAGGAGUUUAAGGGAUGUUAGGGUUCGCAGCAUUGCCUUAUGGGAAGUGUAGGGCAGAAAGCGGAAGAGGCGGGGCGAGUGGACUCCGCUUCCGCCACCGGAGCGCUGAGGCUUGGGUCGCGGAGAGGUCGCGCCCCGGUUCGGCAGCGGGGACUGCUCCGUGUUCGUCGUCCGCCCCUCCCGAGGCCGUAGCGCUGAUCUGUGCAGACAGCGGGACGCUGCGAGGAGCGGCAGCUGGCUCCCCAGGUCCCGGCGCACGCCGGCUGCACCAUGGUCCAGUUCACUUCUGUCCUCUGCAAGGCCUACCGUGGAGGCCACUUAGUCAUCCGCCUUUCCCUGAGUGGCUGUACCAACCGGCCUUUCUACCGCAUUGUGGCUGCUCACAACAAGUGCCCCAGGGAUGGCCGUUUCGUGGAGCAAUUGGGCUCCUAUGAUCCACUGCCCAACAGCCAUGGAGAGAAAAUUGUUGCUCUCAACCUGGACCGGAUCCGGCAUUGGAUUGGCUGUGGGGCUCACCUCUCUAAGCCUGUGGAGAAACUUCUGGGUCUCUCUGGCUUCUUUCCUCUGCAUCCCAUGAUGAUCACAAAUGCUGAGAGGCUGCGAAGAAAACGGGCACGCGAAGUCCUCUUAGCAUCUCAGAAAACAGAUACAGAAACUACAGAAACUACAGAAACAAAAACGAGCUGACUUCAGCUGAGCUUGAGCAGAACACUGGGGAAAAGGUCUAAGUUCUCUUAAAAUACUUGUGCAGAAUACUUAGUUUUAUUAGAUUUAGAAGUCAAUAAAUGGAGUUUUCUAAGUCACCCAUGCUCUUCUGGCCUGGCCUGAGCAGGGCGCAGGGAGAGAUUUGUUCUUUCUGACAUAGAGCUGGGUCUGGGUACUCACUUGCUUUUUUAGUCUUCAUCUGGAGAAAGACAGUGACUGUGACGUGUGUUGGACUUCUGGGUUGGGCCCUGGAUCUCUUGGGUAACUUUACAGUCUGCUCCCUUCCAAGACCCUUGUUUGAAAGCCCCCAGCCAGCCUGCCCAUGGUCCAUCAGAGUAAUUCCUUCCUUAAUCAUUUAUGGUCAUCCCACUGGCUCAAGAACACAGUUACUUUGCUUAUUUUUUUUUUUUGUAAUUAUAGAUUUAUAUUGUCUUGUUUGACACAUAAUCUCAAAUUUACAAAGGUAGAUUUUUUUAAUGAGCUUUUAAGCUAUAAGAGUCUAUUUUAAGAAUGAGAAAAUGGAAGAAAGGUAAUAUUGAAAAGUACCUAUGUACAUUCUCAGCUCUUUACAAGUAGAGUUAUUUGUGAGGAUUAUUAGGUAUCAUGAAAGUGGGUAGGAUUGUCUCCAUCUUAUUGAUGGGAGGCUGAGGUUCAGAGGUGGAAACUUGACCAAAGCCACCUGUUUUCAUUUGGGCAAAGCUACGAUUCAGACUCUACUAUGCAUACCUGGAGAGCUCUUUCCAGCAUAUUUUAGUGUCUGGGGCAAAGUGGGUGUGAGAUGAGGGAUUUUUCAAAAGUCCACUUAAAAAACCAGUGUGAUAGAAUGAGGUUUCGGUGUCAUGAAUUUGGUAAUGUAAAUGACGGGCUGUGCCCAAAACCCAAAAUGUCAUUACCUCUUCCACCAGUUUGCAGGACAACCAUAGACAUGGAUUGGAGAAUUUUAGUGCACACCCUGGAUAGUACAGAUUUCAAAUUCUGGCAUGACACUAUGGUGGGGAGAUUUAUAGAGGAGAUAAUAAAGUGCUAGUAUGUACCAACUUACUUUAUUCUCUGGGUUUUGUAUUCUGAGAACAAUUACCAGCCAUCAUUAUGGUAUCAUCAAGUCUCUCCCAGGGUUGUUACUGGUUGGCUUCCCUUGCUUUGAGGGGACUUUGAAGUCAGGGCAGGCUGGAGAAGAACUGACUACUUGGAUUUCUCUUGGAUCUGGGAAAGAGAAAUGCUAUGAAAACCAUGGGAACUCUGGAAGUUACAGAUAGUAAUCUCUGGAUUGUUCAAGAUCUUUGGAUAAACUAUAAUUGUAGAGCGGAGGAGAAUGAUUCCGGAAAGUAUUGACCAGUAAGGCAAACUGCUGGAAAAUGGGUUAAGCUAAAAUAUUUUAAGCUACUGAGUUUCUGCCAAUUCAGGUAUUCACUUUGUGCCCUGGUUUUCCUUUGUCUAAGAUCUAUAUACACACACUUUCUCUUUGAGCUCAUCCUGUCCCUGAUUUCCAAAGUUUUCUCAAGCUCUAGCCUUGCUCUGGGUCUCCCGACAUAGUUUCUCACCAUCUACUAGUUGAUUGCAUCAGCUUAUCUUGCUAUCACCUCAAAUCCAACAUGCUAAAACCCAGCUCUGCACUUAAGAAACCAUUAAAAUAAUUAA